GGGAUUAUAGGAAGAGCUUUUGGCUUUUCCCCUUGACAAUUCGGCAUCGAUCUCUCUCACUUUUUCCAGCUGUCUUGACUUCCAGAAAUCAAUAUUGUUGACACCCUCAAAAUAAACUGGAUGUUUCAGGACAUUUAUAUUUUGUGAAAGUAUUUGAACGAUUCUCUGACUGACAGGAUGCUAACAUUGGAUAUAACAUUGAGUUGAUCAGGACUUAUUUAUAAACCGUUCUGAUGCCUGGCACAUGUUGUCUGGAGUUUUGGAAAGCUCACAGAGCAUUAUUUUUAUCUGCAUGUAUUAGACUUUCAUGAAGGUAUCCCCUGAACCUCUUCCUUUACGAGUCUGUAGAUCUACGAGAGAGAUUUGCAACUGACUCGACAUUUUUGAGUCUAUGAAGGGCAGUGAAAUCGUUAUCAAUUGAUCCAAGUUUUCGGAAUACACAGUGAUUAUUCCAUCGGGUGUUAAAAUCAAAUGUUACCAUGGCGAUGAUUAGUCCAAGGAGUCCUCGGGACAAGUACAUAGGAGCAGGUGAUCUGACUCAUCGUGAAGUCCAGAAAGAUGUAACGAAUAGGAAGGCGAGGACAAAGCUAAGGCUUAGCAUUAUUCUCGAUAAGAAUAAAUGUGAUUACAGAUAUAGGAAUAAUGAAAUCUUCAAACGUAUGAAAGUGACAACAUUUGUUCAAUUGGUUAUACAAGUACACAGUAUUAGGGAGAAUGAAAGAAAGGAUCAGUCAAGGAUGAGGAGCAUAUCAGAAGCAGAAAGACCUGAAACGACCGAUAUAAACAUGAACGGUGGUAGUGGUGAUGGUCAGAGCCCUGUUCCGUCCUUAGCUUUGACAGAGGGUGACUUUGGAGGACAACCCGAAACACCUUUAUCAUCAAGAUCAACACUUCAAAGUGUAAUAGCGGGUGUAGGGGAGUUUGAUCUGUCUGGAGAGUAUGUGGAUGACCCGACCCCAAGGUCAGAUGUCACAGGACAGUCAGAUUGUCCGUAUCUUCUCCUUGAUUUGAGGGAGAGAGAAAUAUAUGAGCAGUGCCACAUAAUUACAGCCGAAUGCUUUCCCACAGCAAUGUUAUCAAGAGCAGUCAACAACUUUACAAAGAACAUCUUAGAGUUUAAAAACAAACCAGGAAAGAUCAUUGUGAUAUAUGAUGAGGACGAAAGGAAAUCAACUGAUGCAGCGACCACAUUUGUACAGAAAGGAUUUGAUAAUUUAUUUUUACUUUCAGGAGGUUUGAAGGUAGCAGCACAGAAGUUCCCAAAGGGUCUGGUCACUGGGACCCUACCAGCCUCCUGCAUACCACCACCCCCUCCCAAGACAUCCAGGACAGCAAAGAAGGUGAAAGUGAAGACCCCGCCCCAGAUACCGGCCGAUAAAACCACCUUCGCAGCAGAAGAUCUUGAAAGUUUGAGCAAUCAACUGGAUGAGAACCUAAUUCCAAAGGACAGUGGCAGUCGAUUGAGCCGUGCUACUCCCGCAGCCCAACCUGACCCUAAUGCAAAGAUACUGUCUUCAAGAUCUUCCACGUCAAUGACUUCAACCACAGUGCAUUCAUCACCUUGGAAGUAACCUAGUAUGUCCCUUACCUAAAGGCCAGUGCUCACCUCGCCACUGAACUACGAUGCGAUGUUGGAUGAAACGGCAUUUUGCAAAUUCUAAUGAUGUCAACAAAUUUUAUGACCCUUCUUGAGGUUCACAAUGAUUAUAAGAAUACCAAUGUCAACAUUUUGAUCAAUCACAAGCUUUUGUGUGCACUAAUUGCCAAAUAAGCUUAAAAUCGUAGCUGACUGUGUAAUCAUAAUCAUUAUGGUUUGAAUUUGCCUUAAUUACUCUAAGGGGACACAAGAUAGUCAUAGAUUCCUUCUUAAGUAUCAAAAUGACAAGUACUUUGGAUAGUAGUAUGUUCCACAUACUUAUUUUCAUUUGAAAUGCUAUAAAGUUUUGCUUCAAAUUGUAAGAUGUGCGAUUGCCUUUAAUAAGCCAAUCCGGUAAAGACCCUUGGCCUUAAUGACACCGCAAACUACUUGACCCAACUGCAACCAGAUUUGAUGACUAGUAGUCAUAUGCUUUGAAUACUUUUUUAUUUUCAAGUCAGUCUUGGCCAAGAUUUCAAAGUGAGUAGUGAAAAUACAUUAGGAGAAUUAUAACGAUUGACUCUAGUUCUCAAGGUUUGAAAUUAAUGUAGGAAUACUGAAAUCUAAACUUUGUUUUACUGCUAGCCUUUCAUGUAAAGGAAAUUCCAAAUUAGCUUCUAGUAAAUAAUGGACCACAAUUUUGCUGUAGCCUCACUACAGUUUAAAAUUGGGCAUUUUUUUUUAACAAGACACUCCCAUCAAUCAGUGCAGAUUGAAUCACAAGCAUUUAUACUGAUAUUCAGAAACUUGGACAUUAUGCUAUUUCAUAUUUGAAUAUUUAUUUCAAAUAUGUUUUUAUUUCCAAGAUCAGAUUGCAGCUAGGUCAUGUAGUGUGUGGUUUCGGAGGCAAAAUGUACUGUGUAUGGGAUCCUCUGAUUCCGCAUUCAUAAAUGAAAAUACCCUUUUUUCCCUUACAGUGGGAAAAACCAGCCAUACAAAAUCAUCCCUACUAUCAUAAGUAAAAAUAUUCUUUUUUAUAGAGCUUUAUACAUCGGGACAACGUCUCCAAAGCAUUUGCAUGUUAACCCCAGUCAUUGGUUUCUUGCGUGCCUGCGUACAACGAUUGCACCUUCUCCACUCCCUGAGGAGCAUUCCAAACCAUAUCUUACCUAAGAAGCCAAAUUAACUUAAUUGAACUUCUAUGCAAUAUAAAACGAAAGUUGAUCUUGGCAACCAAAUGUUUGUAUUCAAUCAACUAGUAGCAGUAUAUAUUACAUUUUUAUUACCAGUCCACCAAAAUGAAAAGUAUCUGAAGUAUGUCUUUGAAUAGCACAUUAAACUUAUUUAAUGUUAGAAUAUAAGGUGUAACUAAACAUUUCCUUCUUAUGUAGAAGUAAUUCAUGUGAAAAAAGGGUUGGUUUCAAAAUGUACAAGAGAGUAAAUAUACAUGGCGGCCACUAUGCAUCCAAUGGAACAGUUUUCCCCAUGACAUGGUGUAAGUUUGUCUCGUGAGUGAGACGGGCGCUGGGUGUCGGACAGCUGCAGCGUCAUGUUCUUUACAUGAUGUCAUAACUGUGCUGGGUGUGUUUCACUAUCAUUUAUGAACAUAUUAUGUGAGAUUUUGACAAAUAAAAUCACUUCUUUGAUUAUUUUAAUUAGCGAUUAAAAACUUAAAAAGAAAAAGCAUGAUGUUCCUGUGAAUUUGAGAUACAAGAUCUUGCUGCCCAAAGGACUAUUUCAUAAAGUUCUAGUGAAUUGUGAAUUUUAAUGUAAUCUGUCAUCUCUCUUCUUGCUGCCUAGAUGCUGUUAAAUCAUAAUGAUAAAUUGAAUGAAAUUCUAGUGAAUUUGUAAUUUUGAAGUUCUAGUGAAUUUGGACUGCCUAGAUAUUCUUAAAUCAUAAUUAAUAAAUUUGAAUGAAAUUUACACACUUUGCCAUAAGUACUUUGCAUUUCAGAAAUUAUUCUCUAAGGUUUGUGAAGAGUACAAAAGGAUUCAUGAAUGUGAGGUACUAUAAAUUGAUAUUUAUAACAUGAAUAGCUUCUUAUCUGUAAUGUUGUGUGGUGGACACGGAUUCAGACACAGUUGUAGGAGUAUUGUAUACUAGUGUAUUUAUUUAUUGCUUCAUUAUCUCUUGAAACAAAUGGACAUGGAGAUUGUGAUAUAUAUUUAUAUACUAGCACAGUGCAAGCAAUUGUAAUUGAAUAAAUAUUGUUGCAUUUGAUGUACAUUAUUUGUUUUAUGUGAGAGUUUUCCUGGAAAGAAAACAAAUAUGCAAUGUAUCUCUCCAUAGUACUUAUGAAAAUAGUUUAGAUUAUGCUGUGAUGUGUACUAUCUCAGUUCUCGGUUGGACUCUUCAGAUCCUCAAAAAUGUAUUUACCCUCUGUAGGUUGGGAGACAUAUUCAAGGUUUCUCUUUGUCUUGAAUGUUAGCCAUUGCAUAUAUGGAAUAUGAUUAGAUAGGGGAAAGUGGACUUAAAUUGAUACCACUUAAAUUGAUACCAUUACCAGGAGUAUGUGGUGGCACUCCUGAAUAAAAAGCCAUUUACAUGAAAUAACUAAUCAUUACACACCCUUUAUUGACAACAUGAUUAAAACAGCAAAGCUGUUCUUUAGAAAAUGCAAAAUUGGUAACUUAUUCCUAUUAAUGAACUACUGUUAUUAAUGAGAACAGUUUAUAUAGGCGAGAAUAGAAUAGCACUAAAAUGAUGAAAUAGAAAUUUGUCUCUUAAUGGGCUCUUUAAAUUGUGCCGGGGUGGGCUUUCUUUGGUUGAUACCUUGCUACCUCAAUACCCAAGGCAUUAAAGUUGGUUUCCUUUUUUUUUCUUUGUUCUCACUGUAUUAAAGUUAAGAAUGAUUCAACAUAUUAGGGUCAUGUCUUACAAUGAGUUGCUGCGAUAGAUUUGAAUUAAACUCAAACGGAUAUAUAAUUUGAUCAACCUCAAUUUGAGUUUGGUUAAUCAGAACUCGGGUAAGAAAGGGGCCUUAAUUUGGUAUGCAUAAGGGAAUGAUGAUAGCAUGACAAUCAUUUUUGGUUGCAAGUUUGAAGGUCAAAGGUCAUAGAAGUCCGAGUCAUUGUACUCACACUCCUCCAAGUCACUGUCUUAUCCCGAGAUUUGUUGAUGAUACUGUUAUUCGCACCACUUCCUGAAAUGGUGUGAAUGAGUUCUAUUCUUAGUCCGGGCCAUGACAUAAAGGCAAUAAAUCAUAUUUACAUUGAUUAGCAUCAGCUUUAGUCCUAAACUUCUCAAAUAGUAGUCGGUCCUUACCCAGGUGUAACAUUUUGAUCAUGUAGUCUUGCGAUAUAUACCAAAUUGAAUGGUAACGUAUUUGGAAAUUUCAAUCUUCACAUUAUUCACACAAAAGACAUAUUGCUAAGGAACAAAGAGGAUCACAGCUUGCCUUUUAAUCGUUCUCAUUUACUGACAAAGAUCAAACAGCCUUCAUAAUAUCUAUUCUUUUUAUUACAUUUGCUUGUUUUAUCAAAAGGAAUAGGUGUCAAGACUAGUUUACAGUAUAGGGGCCUGUUUCAUAAAGCAUAACAAUUGUGAUAACAUUGCAAUUUUGGCAUUGUGCAACUGACCUCUAAAGGGACCACCCCCCCCCCCCUUUUAUAAGAGAUGCAGACAUGUUGAUGGGAUAUUGUGUUAAGUGACUUCUGACAUGUGUUACAAGUGAAACCUACAUGAUUUGAUUUAUGUCAAUUUAGUCCAUGAAAUUGAAAGAAUAAUGAUAUUAAAGGGGGAGUCCAGUCAAAUUCAAUAUUUCUAAAAGAAUAUAGCAGAAUAUUUGGUUGAAAUAAGUUUAUAAGAAACUUUGACAAGGGAUACCAAAUAUUUUGUAUUUUAAAGGUCUAUUGUUGUUGUCAUAUCUGCAAGCAGCUGUCAUAUGUAUGCUGGUGUUUGCUGAUAGUUUGAAUUUAUGUUUUUAUAUGAAUUACAUUUCAUUUAUUUUAUAUUGCAUCCAAAAACAAUCACACAUGUUUACCGGCUUAUUUGACAGAUCUGUUGGUUCCUCAUAAACUAUUUAAUAAUUGGAAAUAGUGGAAUUUAUAUUACAUGAACUACCAGAGUGCAGCUUCCAAGUGAGGUAAAAAUCAGAAUUUCUUUUUUCUUUAUAAAUUAUGUUAGUCCUCUCAUUAUUCUACUUUUAAGAGAACAAAUUUGAGAUCAUGGUAGAAUUUCUCUUUAAUGGUCAUUGCAUAGCUGCUGCUCUUAAGGAAAGUAAUGUGGUUAUGACAUGUCAACAGAAACGGCUUCUGAUGAUGAUCGUUUACUAUUCAAAGUGAAACCAAAUAUUUAUUUAUGUCAACUUCAUAAUGAUAUUAAUAGUGAUUAAUUAUCAUUGGUAUGUAUAAACACAUGCCAAUCAGAAAGAUAGACAUGGAAAAACCUCUUGCCAUGAUCUGUUUUCAAUCAGAUUAAACAGAUUUCAUAUCUUGUAAUCAUCCAUAAAUAAAUUUAAUUACAAUAAAUGCAUUGUAUACUAAAAAGGUUCAAAGGAACAGAUAGUAUUAUGAAAUAUAUGUAUGUAUUAUGAGAUACACAAGUUUAGUGAGACUGUUAAGGACUGAAAUUUUGUUACAUUGACAGCCUCAAAUAAAAAUGACAGUAAAUUAUUUUUCAUCGAUUUGGGACUUUGUGAGAAGGAUGAUAAGUACUUGGCAUAAAUGACUUGAUAUGAAUUUACGUAAAUCAAUUGCAAAUCUUUUUUUUUCUAAACUGGUCCACUGUACUACUUUCACAUACUUUGUCAUAUUUCUGAAUUUAAAUUCAUUUCAAACUUUAUUAAAAACUUCAUACAAACAUGAAUGUUUUAUAGAACAUCAAUUCAGUACUUCAUUUUCAAUCUUCUGUAAUUGUGAUGCUAUCAAACUUGAUAAUAACAUUAUGAUGUUAAGCAGGGCUGGUAGAACAGUUUUCAUACUUCCCUGGGUAAAAUAUGACAUUAUUGUUAUUAUUAUAAUCCAGAGGUAUUGUUUUCAAGACUUGUAUUCAGUGUAGCUCUCACCAAUGCAGCAUUUGUAGUUUGGGGUACAAACCAAAGUUUGCCUUGAAUCCAGAGUUAUUAUUUCACUUCAUAGCAAUCUUUGUCUUUUUUUGGUCAGUAUGAUUACCCUCGGUUGUACGUGUAUGAUAUAUUCAUAUGACAAGUAUUGAUUUAAUUAUAUAGAUUGGAUUAUUAAUGCUGAUGUGCAGCACCAGGCUAAAACACAUAUUUCUAUCCACCCUAUGUUUUAGGAACAAAUGAAAUAGAAAUAUAGAUGGAUUAAAAUAUGAUAAUCAAAAUCAAAAGUUGCACUAUUGUGCUUUAAGCGCAAUUAGUGCAGUUUUGUUUAUGGUAUCAAACUGCAGUGUCAUAAUAAUGAUUAUGAAUUUACUGUUUGUAAUCUGUUUCGCUUAUCAAAUUUGAGUGGCUCAAGGACAAGAAAAGUACAUUUUGACAGGUCGUGUGUUUAUUUGAUAUUGAAAACGUUUUCAUAUCAAUUCUAAUGAAAUAUUUCCAUGUCUAUAAUCAUCUUUGUUUAAUAUUUUGAUGUUCACUUCACAAUAGUUUAGUGAAUUCCCUUUAAGAGAGUGUAAUUUAAAAUUUGAAAUGCCAAAAUAUGUAAUUAUCUUAAUGUAAGUGUCCAAUAUGACACAUUGUUUUACUAUUAGUUAUUUUGACGUAUGUCAUGCCAUAGUUCAUUUGUUGUGUUUGCACACUAUCAGAGCACUUUUUUUAUUUGCACGGAUUUGUGACAAACUAAAUUGGUUGCAAUACAUUUCCAUAGAAUUUGAAUGUUUUUUUAAGGAAAAAUAUGUCCUUCAUGUCCAUUCUUUUUUUUAUUAAUCUUUUUGUAUAAAGUUGAAUUAUGAGUUUUAAGUUAAACUAUGGUAUCUGUUAAGGAGAAAAUACACCCCCUUUCCUGUGAUAAAACUUGAUUAAUUGACCUUUAUUUCAGAUGUCAUAGUUAUUUGCCCAAAUGGAUGAAUGUUAUGAAAGCAAAAUCUCAUGUCAUAUCCAAUUCUUUUGACCCCAAAAUUGAGAAAUUACUUUUCAGCCAGAUGUGAUUUAAUUUCUGAUUGCACUAUAUAUGCAUGAGUGAAAUAUGUGCAUAAACUUUUAUCCUGCAACAUAUGAAGUUUACACUUUAGCUCGAAUGCGGUUGCCAAUUUGCUUUUUGUUGAUCUUUGGAUACACAAUAAAUCCAGAACGGCUGCGGAUUAAGAUAUAGUAACCAUGCAGUGAAUAUUCGAUUUAUAUUUAAACCUUGUUGUUUUAAAUACAAAUUUAAAUCUUUCGAGAUUUAAAAGUUAAUCCUGAAGAAUAAGACAAAAUAAAUGUUAGAUUGACCUUUCUUUUUAAAAACAAAUUAAAGAAAUGACUCUUUAAAAAAAAACAGGGCCUGAGUGAUUCUCUUUCCUAGGUGAGUUCAAAGUCUCAUUAUGAAAUGAACAUAUAUUGUGCUAUUCCUUGUCCUGAUGUUAAAGUCAGAAAGUUGUAUAUUUUCCUUUGUAAAUGUGUUAAAAGCAAUUCUAUCAUAGAAAUUUAAUAAACACGUAUUUGUUUAUUGUA